UCUCCGUCUUCUGCGCACCGGUCUCAUCGCGUUCGUCUUCUGGACAUCUCUGAGUUUUGCUCCCAGAUCUGGCUGUAUCUCGGCUCCGCAUCAUCGACGAAGAAACAUAAAAAGAAGAAUAAAGAAAAAGUCGACUUGGAUUAUUUUAUCACUGAGCUUCCUUGUCAGCUGGACAUGAGGAUAGUUUAAAAAUCGCCUCGGAAAGCGGUUCUGUAAUCAAGGAUCACAAUGGUGAAAGAGUCCGGACCCACGUUUGUGCAGAAGCCGAUCCUCGACCAAUCGGAUGACGGCCGGGUCCUCAAGUUCUCCUGCCGUAUCGCCGGCGAACCCCGGCCCAACUUCAAAUGGUUCCUGAAUGACAAAGAGCUGAGCGACGGUGGGCGCUACUUCAUGACCACCAAGCCCGACGGCGACAGCUACCAGGUUGCCUUGGAGAUCGAGGACGUGUCGGGCGAGGACGCUGGGAAUUACAAGAUCGUCGCCGAGAACAAAUCCGGCAGUACCAGCGCCACCAUCAAUCUCAAGUUUGGCGAAGAAGAAGAAGGUGAAGGAAAACCAGGGGGUGCCGAUGGCCUGGCGCCCAACUUCACCAUGAAACCCAAGAUGCGGCAGUCUGAGGACGGACUCAAGCUGACCAUCGAGUGCGAGCUGAUGGCUGACCCGGAGCCCGAGGUCACCUGGUAUCGCGGCAACAGCACUCUGCGCGACGGAGGCCGCUUCCGGCUGACCUACACGCCGGACGGGGAGUACAUUUUCUUGGCGCUUGAAAUCACCGACGUGACGGAGCGUGACGGCGGGGAGUAUAAGAUCGUAGCUUCCAACAAACUGGGCACUGCUACCAAUACCAUCAAGCUCAAUUUCCAGACCGGUGCCCCGUCCUUCACCAUGCAGCCCAAGAUCGAGCAGUCCCCGGACGGCCGCAACUUGACCUUCCAGUGUGAGCUGACCGCCGACCCCAAACCGACCCUCACCUGGUUCAAGGACGACGUGCCGCUGGCCGCCGGCGGACGCUACACGAUGAAUGUGGAGCCCGAUGACAACGUAUACUUCCUGACGCUGGGCAUCGCGGACGUGUCGGCUAAGGACGCUGGCAAGUACAAGAUCAUGGCCAAGAACGAGCACGGCGACGCCAAAUCAACCAUCGACCUGAACUUUGAGGGAGGCGCGGAGGAACCACCCAAACCACCGGUUAAGGGAACUCCUCCUUCCUUCAUCGGAAAGCCAGGCAUGCGCCAGUCGGACGACGGCACCUCUGUCUAUUUUGACUGCCAGCUGAUGGCCGACCCCAAACCUGAGGUCAUCUGGACCCUGGGGAACAAACGCAUCCCCACCGGCGGGAAGUACAACCUGAAACUGGAGCCCAAGGGGACGGACAAGUUCUCGCUGAUGCUGAGUAUGGACAACAUCAGCCCCAAGGACGGCGGGACCUAUGUGGUCUACGCCCGUAAUCAGGGUGGGGAGGACAGGACUACCAUCAACCUCAACUUUGACGUUCGUGAAGCCAACAAGGAGGGCGCCCCAACCUUCAUUGAGAAGCCGACCAUCAAGCAAGAGGACAACGGUCGUCGUCUGGUCAUGGAGUGUAAGGUCAUGGCCGACCCUCGACCCAAGGUGGUCUGGUACUACAACAACAAGGAGCUGAAGGACGCGGGCCGCUACCGCCUGCGCACCACCAAGCAGGGCAAGAUCUACAUCCUGGUGCUGGACAUGUCCAACGUCACACCCCAGGAUAUGGGCAUCUACAAGGUGGUGGCCGAGAACGAGAAGGGCAAAGCGUCAUCCACCAUGACGGUCAACUUUGAAGUUAAAGACAAGCGCUUCCCUCGCAAGUUUGAAGUCUCGACAGAGGUGGCCAAAGUCCACGUUGACUUCCCGGCAUCUUCCAUGGAGACCAUCGACCUUGGGCCGGACUUCGGCACCCUGGAGCUGCUCAUGCCGGAGAUGGAGAUGGGUGGGCCCAGGGAGAUCGAGCUGAUCAGCAAGGGACCCGAGGAGCAGGAGAAACCUAAAGUCAAGGAUUCGGUGCCAGUCUUCUCCGAGCCGCUCGAAGACGUGGAUGUGGAGAAUGGAAAAGCCGUGGAGUUCAGAUGCAGGAUCGUUGGCAAGGUUACCAAGGUCAUCUGGUACAGAGACAGCAAGGAAAUCCGUCCCUCGUAUAACAUCAAAAUACUUCAAGAGGGCGACCUUUACAUGCUGCGCAUGCCCAGGGCUAUGGCCCGCGACAGCGGAGACUACAAAAUUGUCGUGGUGGGGCCUGGAGGGGAGGCUAAGUCUGAGGCCGAACUUUUUGUCGACGAGACCCCGUCCAAGAAGAAGGCUCCGAAGAAGGACGAAGAGGCCCCGCCCGAGAAGAAACCCCGCCCCGGCGACAAGCCCAAGCCCGCCCCCGCAGAGGAAGCUGUUACACCAAUGGAGCAAACCCCCGCGGAAUCGGCCCCUGCUCCUGUAGAGAAGGCUGUUACGCCAAUGGAGCAAACCCCUGCAAAAUCGGCCCCUGGUCCAGUAGAGGAGGCUGUUACGCCAAUGGAGCAAACCCCUGCAAAAUCAGCCCCUGCUCCAGUAGAGGAGGCUGUUACGCCAAUGGAGCAGACCCCUGCUGAAUCCACACCACUUCCAGUGGAGAUUGAGAUCACCCCAGAGGGAGGGAUCGUGGCUCAACAGGCGCCGGAGGAACAGGCGGCUGUUCCCAAACAGCGUCGGAUGUCGGCGACCGAUUACCUGGAUGAAGAGUCCGCCCCGGAAUCUGCACCCAAGAAAGGAGAGAGCGCCCCCGACGAAGGGUUCAGAAAGACUGGUCAGUCGGUCAAGCCGGCUGAGACCAAGCCCACGGCUCCCCCACCGGCCGUCAAGAUGAAGGAGGAAGGCGGGCCACCCUCUUUCAUUGAGUCGCCCUGCAAGGUCCAAGUCAUUGAAGGUCAGUCAGUGAAGUUUGAGGCUGUGGUGGAAGGCAAACCGAAGCCCACGGUCACAUGGUACAAAGGCAGCACGAAGAUUGACGAUGGCUACAAGAAUCGCUACGCUGUCAAGUUCUUGGAGAAGCAGGACGUCCACGUCUUGGAAGUCAAGAAGUCGGAGAUGACCGACACGGGGAAGUUCAGCUGCAUCGUGGAGAACGACCAUGGCAAAGACGAGCGCGUCUUCUCAAUGAUGGUCAACAAAAAGCCAGAAGCUGAUGCGUUGGAUUUCCGUCAGUUCCUGAGACACAGGGAGGUGGAACGGCGUGAGUCUAAGGUUGAGGUACCAGACUGGGGCACCCUCAAGGACACUGAUGUACCCGACAAAGUGGGCGCAGAGGUGACACGUCCCCUAAGAUCGACCCGUGCCAACGAGCGCGACGGCCGGCUGACCCUCGAAGUUGGCUGUAAGGCCAACGGUGUCAAGCCCACCUGGCAUAAGAACGGCCAGGAACUAACGGCCAGCAAGAAGUACAAGAUCAAGAGUACGAUCAACGACUACGAGCUGACCAUCACCGACCUAAAGGUGGCGGACAGCGGUGACUACACGGUCAAGUUUGGCGACUUUGCCGAGUCCAAGUGCAACGUGGUCAUCGAUGUGCACCGUUGCCUAGCAACCAUGUCCGACAGAGAAGUGACUACAAUGGUUUCCAAGGGGAUUUUACCUAAGGGUGCGGGGAAACCGAAGGUGGACUUUGUGACGCUCCUGAAGCCCGUCGAAGUCCACGAGGGACAGGACGCGAGGUUCAGCUGCGAGCUGUCGGGCGACUGCAUGGAACUCCAGUGGUACAAGGGCAACGACAAAGUGCCGCCACGCGACAAGAAAUGUGAGGUCAAGCGACUGGGGCGGCGCCACACGCUGAUUGUCAAGGACUGCAAGGCGGCCGACCAGAGCGAGAUUGCCAUCAGCGUCUUUGGGCGGUACAGCCGCGCCGAUCUGACCGUCAAGUCCAAACCCAAGUUCGUUAAGGAGCUGUCACCGGUCACUGUGGUGGAGAGCAGGUCCUGCGCGCUGACCUGCGAGAUCUCCGACUUCACCUCGGAGGUCAAGUGGCUCAAGGACGGCAAGCCGGUCACUCUGGACGACCGGGUGGUCACCAAGAUGGACAAAGGCGUCCGCAAGUUGGUCUUCUACAAGGCGGCGUUUGACGACGCGGCCGAGUACACCGUCAAGUUCGCUGAUUUGGAGUCCAAGGCCAAACUGACCGUUACAGAGCCGCCAAACUUCAACGGUAACCUGCCGGAUGAAGUGGAAGCCUUCGCCCACCAGGACGCCGAGUUUGCCACGGAGGUCUCCAGCGAUGACGCCGAAGUCUUCUGGUUCAAGAAUGGCCAGCCCAUCAUGCCCGGAGAGGAGGACAAGUACGAGAUGAUCUCCGAGGGUCCCACGCGCAAACUGGUCGUCAAGGACGUGGGGCCCGAGGACGAGGCCAACUACGCGUGCGCCCUGGACGAGACUCGAGCUACACGGUCUAAUCUCAAAGUUCAAGCUCCACCCACCCUCAAGAUGCCCCUGGACAUGGAGGACUUGAUUGUCAAAGCCGGUGAGCCUGUUGAAGUCACCCUCGACAUCUCCGGCUCCCCCGCGCCCCAAGUGGAAUGGUCCAAGCCGGGCACGACGCUGGCGCCGGACGAUCGGACCCAGAUGGUGACCAUGCCCAUGAGCGCCACGCUGCUGAUCACGCACACCGACCGCAACGACACCAACGAGUACACGGUCACCGUGAACAACAAGCAUGGCACCGAGUCGGCCAACUUCAAGAUCACGGUCAUUGACAAGCCGCAGGGUCCAGAAAGCGUCAAAAUCUCCAGCUACGACGAGCACUCGGUCUCCCUCACCUGGAAACCGCCCGUCGACAACGGCAACUCGGAAAUCACGCACUACGUGGUGGAGUACAAAGAGGUCAAGCGCGGCGAUUGGACGGUCGCAACCGACAGCGUGUCAGAGACGGAAUUCACCGUCCCCAACUUGACAGAGGGGAAGGAGUACACAUUCCGCGUGGCAGCCGUCAACAUAGUGGGUACCAGUGAACCGAAGCAGACAGACCGGACCCAGGUCGCCAAGGAACCAUUUGAGCCCGCUGAUCAGAUGGAAGCGCCGAAGGUCGUCGACACCCACGACGGCAGCAUUGAGCUGAAGUGGUCCCCACCAGAAUUCGACGGCGGCUGCCCGAUCACUGGCUACAUCAUCGAGAAGCGGGAAGUCGGUUCCCCACGCUGGUCCAAGGCCACCAAGAGCCCAAUCAAGGGCACCAGCUACGAGGUACCGGACCUGGUGCAGGGCGGGAACUACGAGUUCCGGGCCAUCGCCGUCAACAAGGCCGGGGAGAGCGAACCGAGCACGCCUAGCAAGGCGGCUCUGGCACGGGAACCAAUCGACCCAGCCCUACCCCCAGGCGAGCCCGUCAUCGAGGACGUGACCAAGGACUCUGUCACCCUCUCCUGGGCCAAACCCAAGGACGACGGGGGCAGUCCCAUCGCGGGCUACUACGUGGAGAAGAAGAACCCCGCGACGGGCGACUGGGAACGUGUCAACAAGAAACCCAUCAAGGAUACCAAGUACAAGGUGCCGGACUUGGUGGAAGGAGAGGAGUAUGAAUUUCGAGUGGUGGCCGAGAACGAGGCGGGGCUCAGCGAGCCCAGCGUGGUGUCACCGCCGGUGGUGGCCAAAGAUCCCGAGAUCCCUCCUUCCUUGGACGUCUCCCAGCUUAAAGACCUCACAGUCAAGGCCGGCCAGACCAUCAAGCUAUCCGUCUCCUUCACUGGUACCCCACCACCGAAAGCCACCUGGAGCCUGGACGAGGAGGAGCUGGUGCCGGACGACCGCACCAAGCUGCGCAGCAACCUGCUGACGGCUGAGCUGACCACCAUGGAUGCGCGUCGCAGCGAUACGGGGGUCUAUGUCGUCACGGUCACCAAUCCGUUUGGCACGGAGAAAGGCACGUCUAACGUCAAUGUGCUCGACAAGCCCGGUCCCCCGAAAGGGCCGAUGGAAAUUAACGGCGUCACGGCAACCUCGGCCGUGUUGUCAUGGCAAGCGCCAGCCGACGACGGUGGCCAGCCAAUCACAAACUACAUCAUUGAGAAGAGAGACAUCAAGCGAUCUGGUUGGUCGGUGGUCAACGACACGACAAAAGACACAACACUCAAGGUUACCAAGUUACAAGAGAAAACGGAGUACAUGUUCCGUGUUGCUGCAGAGACUACUCUGGGCGUCAGCAAGUACUUGGAGGCCCCACACACCGUCCUGGCAAAGAACCCAUACGAUGAGCCCGGCGCACCGGGCGUGCCGGAGGUUGUGGACUACGACAACGACUUCGUGGACCUCGAGUGGGAGGAGCCUGAGAACGACGGAGGGGCGGACAUCGAGGGCUACGUCGUGGAGAAGAAAGAGAAGACCAGUACUCGCUGGAUGGAUGCUACCGACAAACCCGUCAGAGGCACUAACUUUAAGGUCCCCAAUCUGAUAGAGGGGCGUACCUACGAGUUCCGCGUGGCUGCAGUCAACAAGGCUGGCAAGGGCAAACCUAGCCAGGUGUCACAGCCCAAACUGGUCAAGGCUAAAUUCUGUGAGUAA